CCUCGAACACACUCAGGUCGACACAGGUAAAGCGUUAAAGUGAUCAAGAUUUUCUCACCUGUGAUCUUAAUCUAUGCCGCGCUUAAUGGCGCAUCAUAAAAAUAUGUAGCUAAUAAUUUUCAAAUUAAAUUAGUGUUUUGAAAUUUACUAAGGAUAGUGAGUACGUCUUGGAAAUAUUUUUCAUUAGACUGGAAAUCAGCAUCCCUCGAAAUACCUGUACUUCCAGCUGCAUCUUACCUGUGCGAACUUUGAAAACAAAGCAAUACAGGUGAAAAAAUCAAAAUGGGACGCCCUGAAGAACAAGAAUUUGAAAUUUCUCUGCUUAUGAAACUUGGAACAGUAGCUUUAAUUGUUACAACUUUGUUUCAGCUGAUAGGGUUCGGGUCUUCACACUGGGUGUUGUCUGUAAGCACAGAGUAUGGCGUAAUUGAGUAUUCUGGAUUAUGGGAGAAAUGUGCAGACAUUUCCAUUGGAUACCAUGAUUAUGAAUGCGAAGGAUUUGUAUGGGAAGAUUUCCAGGUUUCUCACUGGUUCCGGACAAUCCAGACAAUGGAGUCGAUGGGAUUUGUGGGUCUUUUAACCACAAUAGUGUUGAUUGGAACAUACAUAUUCAGGACCCCUCUACAGGGAAGGAAGGCUGUGAAACGAAUUUGUAUCACAUUAUGCAUCUUGUGUGGUACCCUCAUCAUCGUUUCCUGCAUCAUAUUUGCCUCCUUGAAGAACACUCUCCGAGCGCGUCACAUGCCUGGAUCCAAAGCGGAACUCUCCUGGAGUUUUGCUUUAAGUCUUGUAGGAGGUCUUGGGUCCAUUGGAACUUCCUUCCUCAUCUGCUUUGGAUGAACAUCACCCAACAUCCAAACUGCUAGCAUACAUGUUGUGUCAUCGACACAUUUUCAAAAUUCGUAUAUUUGUGUACUACUGACUAUUUUUUAUAUGGAUUUUCUAUGAAUUGCUAUUAUAUUGUUUUAAUCUCAUUCAUGCAAAUAGGAAUUGUGUAAAUCUGAUAUGCUUAUCAAUCUCAUAAAUGUACCUUCGACACAUGUAUUAACAUAAAUUUUAUACCAGUGUCAACCAUUGUGCAUAUAAUUCUAUUUUUCACAUAAUUAAUUGCAUAUUACAUGUAUUUACCAGUUAAACUUGUAUAAUCCAGAUGUGGGCCAACUGAAAUGUUGUGAAUUUUGAAAAAAAGAUGUCAGCUGUAAUACAGAAUUUGUCUAAUCCAGAGAUAUUUUAAGGUAUGGAGCAUAUCUGGAUUGAACAAGUUAUAUUUUAUCGUACCAAGCAUAUUUUGAUUAGAAAAGUUUUACUGUAUAUAAUUGUUCAUUAAUAUUACCAAGGACGAGUUUAUCUUGCUAAUUAUUGAAAUUUUAAAAUUUCCAUCACACGAUUUUCUUUUUCAGAAAGUUUUCACCGUGUUUUUUAAAAUAAAAAUUUGAUUUUCAUUUUUGUUCUAAACACUAAAUAUAUUUGGGAUUUACCCCCAAAUUAUUUAAUGUACAUGUAAAAAGAUAUCUGCAUUCUCAUCAAAAUUCUUCAACUAAACAACACUGCUGAAAUUUAGAUGCGCAGGGAUAGUUUUAUUUUGUUACUUUGUAUGUAAAUAUGUAAACAUAGAAAAUAAAAAAUUUGAAUGUAC